AUGGUCCCAAUAUUUUUAAAAAUUUUUUUUUAUGGAUUUUCCACAAAUAAAUCAAAACUUAGUGAAGGUUUCCAAAGUGAACAAAGUAAUAAUAUCAUUGAAAAUAAUUUCCACAAUUUAUUUCAUGGAAAUUUCAAUACAAAUUUCUUAAAUAAUAAUAAUAAUAAUAAUAAUAAUAAUAAUAAUAAUAAUAAUAAUAAUAAUAAUAAUAAUAAUAAUAAUAAUAAUAAUAAUAAUAAUAAUAAUAUUAUAAUUAGUUCACCAAUUCUUUCUGCUUCUCCAUCAUUAUCUCCAAGAUUCCAGGAUAUUUUAGAAAAUAAUUCUGUUUCAAUUAAUAUACAAUCAUCAAUUUCAGAAAGUCCACCAAAUUCUACAGAUUGGCAAUUAGAAAAAUUUGACGACUCAAUGGGGAUGAUAUCAUCAGUUAUAUCUCUUAGGGAACAACAACAACAACAACAACAACAACAACAACAACAACAACAACAACAACAACAACAACAACAACAACAACAACAACAACAACAACAACAACAAAAUCAGCAACAAAUAAAUCUACAAUAUCAAAAUUUACAAGAGCACUGUCCUCAAAACCAAUCACAUAAUCAAUCACAUCAACAAAAACAAAAUAAUUCUACACAAAUACCAUUAGUUCAAAAUAAUCAACAAAAUUUGGAAACAUUUUCAAUAAGUAUUUUGGAUGAAAAUUUUAACAAUAGUGGAAUCCUAUCAAUGUUUGGAGAGAAAUGUAAAAAACCCAAAUUUCCACAUUCCUCUAUUGACCAAUAUCAAAAUUUACCAUCAGACAUUAAAAUGAUCGUUGAAAACAUAUCAAAAAUGAGUAACUUUUCAACCCAAGAAGAGAUAGUAAGUGUUACAUUUAAAUUUGCCUUUUUCUUGACCAACUUAUCUGAAAAAACAUUGAAAAUACUUCAUGAUAGUAUUUCAAUCUUCAACAAAAUAGAAGAUUUAUUUUUUCAAAUAUUCUUACCACAAUCAAAUUUAAUUCCAGAAAUAUACCUAAAAGAAUAUAUUUUGAAUUUGUUUUCUCACCUUUGUGAAAGAGAACAUUUUUUAGUUUUCAAUACUUUAAAGCUGCCACUAAAUUUCAUGUUUUUGUGUAGGUCAUAUUUUGAAUCAUUUGAUCGCUUGGAUAAAAUACAACAAAAUCAACAAUUACAAAUUCAACAACAAAACCAACAACAAAAUCAACAACAUUAUAAUAAUAAUAAUAAUAAUAAUAAUAAUAAUAAUAAUAAUAAUAAUAAUAAUAAUAAUAAUAAUAAUAAUAAUAAUAAUAAUAAUAAUAAUAAUAAUAAUAAUAAUAAUAAUAACCAACAACAACAAACACACCUCCAACAACAAUACCAUAAUUAUAAUAAUAACUUUCCAAUAACAUCUAUUAAUAUUCAACAACAACAACAACAACUACAACCAAUUGAUAUCCAACAACUCAAUAUCAAUAAUUCACAAAAUAAUCAAAAUAAUAUUCAACUUGAGCAACCAAUUAAUCAUCAAAAUCAAAAUAUUUAUCAACAAUUCCAACAAUUUCCAAAUCAAGUUCCCUCAAAUCAAAACCUAGUUGGAAAUGAUAUUUUUGAUACUUCAAUUAUCACCAUUCCUCAAAAUAACAUUUCUUCUUCUCAACCCUCAUUUUUACAACAAUCACCUCCUUUAACACAUCAUCCAUCAUCAACUCAAUUAGUAAAUAAUAAUUUAUAUCAGUUUGAUAGCAAUAAUCAACAACAAUUUCAAAUUCAUUAUACUUCUCCUUCCUUUAUUGGUGCUCUUGCUUCUAUUAAUAAUAAUAAUACUACUAAUAAUAUAAAUUUUGAUAAUAGUGGUAAUACUACAACAACAACAACAACAACAACAAUAACAACCACUACAAAGACAAGUAAUAAUCAUAAUAGUAAUGAUAAUGUUAUAAUAAAUCCUAAUGGAAGUUUCCUUCACACUAUACCACAAGAAUACAGAACUAAAGGAUCAAAAAUUAAUUUAUCAAGAAAGAUAAAUAAAUCUCCAAAGGGUGUAAUUAGUCCUAAAUAUAGAUCAAUAUUACCAAGAUUUGGGUUUAAAAUGAAAGAUUUAGAAGAGAGAUCAAAUAUUAAUGGAGAAAAUUAUAUAAGGAGUAGAAAAGGUGUUGCAACUUUAAUAAAUACUUAUUUAACACCAAUUUCAGCUGAAAUGAGUACAAAAAGAGAAAGUAAAUGUGGUGUUGUAAUUUGUAUUAAAGAUCAUGAUCAACAUUCAAGUGUUUCCAUUGUACCUAGAUUGUAUCCAAUGUCAAAUGGAUCCAAAGAUGGUGUUGAAAAAUUUGUUUUUCAUAAAAAUGUUAUUUCCAUCGUUUGUCCAGGAGUAUUUUCACAUAGUUACUCUGUAAAUAGAUUAGACCGAAAUCAAAGAGGAUUUUUCAUUAGAUAUAGUUUUUAUAUGGGUAAAGAAGAAAUAGAUUAUGUCCAUACACCAAUAAUUAGAUAUAAAAAUACUCCCUCAGAUUUCGAUCAACCAUCAAGAGUUUUAUUAGGUCAUGUAAUAUCACUUCAUCCUGUCACUCAAAAUGGCAUAGUUGCUGUUAAAUUCAUUGCAAUUUCAAAUCUUUUAAAAAAAGGUUUAAUUACUAAAAAUAUAACAACUUCAACAUCAAAUUUAAUAAAUAAUGAAAAUAAUAAUGAAAAUAAUAAUAAUUAUAAUGGUAAUAUUAAUAGUAAUAAUAAUAAUAAUGAAGAAAUUGAAGAAGAAGAAGAAAAUAAUAAUAGUAGUGGUGGAAGUAGUGAAGAUGAUGAUAGUGAUUCAAAAGUUAAAGCAACAAGAAUGGGUAAACCUUUGGAAAUUAUAUUAUAUGAAAAGAAUCUUCAAUUCCAUUUAACAAUUCCUCAACAUAUUAGUAAAGUAAAUCCAGAAGAUAAAUGGAGGUUCCCUGAGACUCUCAUUACCGAAACUAAUGAUCCUAAGAAAUCAAAAAAUUCGAGUGAAAUCAUUCAUUUUGUUUCAUCUUAUUUGAUUGAAUUCGCAUGUAUUAUUCCAAGAGGUAAUUAUGAGAUAAUUUUUAGAUAUGAAAAUGUCAACAAAACAGUUCACCCAAUUUAUUAUUCAAUUUAA